GUCGUUCGCUUUGAGUGCUAGAUUCACUUAGUUACUUCAUUCCUAUUUAAUUGCUUAAGCAUCCCCCGACUCUACCCGCCUUCUCAACCCAGGACACACACGCAGGAGUCUUCUUUCGUUUAGUCUCUUGCUUCACCCUCGUUUACAGAGAAGAACCCUCAUCAAGUUGCCUUGACAUACCCCUCCACAGCAACUUCACCAUGUAUCGCACCUUCGCUACUGCUGCACUGGCUGCAGUGCUGCCCUUUGCCGCCGCCCAGACCUACACGGACUGCGACCCUCUCAACAAGACAUGCCCUGCUGAUACGGCCUUGAGCACCAGCACCUUCACCACCGACUUCACCUCUGGCUCCAUGUCCGGCUGGACUACUACCGCCGACAAUGUGACCUUCACUUCUGAGGGUGCCGAGUUCAUCAUCACCGAGUCGGGCCAAGCCCCCACCAUUGAGACCGACUUCUACUUCUUCUUCGGCAAGGCUGAAGUUGUCAUGAAGGCUGCCGCUGGUACCGGUAUCUGCAGCGCUAUUGUCUUGGAGUCGGAUGUUCUCGACGAGAUCGACUGGGAGGCUCUCGGUGGUGACACCACUCAGAUUGAGACCAACUACUUCGGCAAGGGUGAUACUUCCUCCUACGACCGUGCUACCUGGGCAACCGUGUCGACCCCUCAGGAUACCUUCCACACUUACACCGUUGAGUGGACCGAGUCGUCGACCACCUGGAGCAUUGACGGCACUGCUAUCCGCACCCUCAACUACGCCGAUGCCCAGAGCGGUACCCGCUACCCCCAGACUCCCAUGCGCCUGAAGCUCGGUAUCUGGGCUGCUGGUGACUCCUCUGAGCCCGCGGGUACCAUCGAGUGGGCCGGCGGUGAGACUGACUACGCUGACGGUCCCUUCACCAUGGUCAUCUCAUCCGUCACCAUCACCAACACCAACCCUGGCUGCUCCUACACCUACUCCGACAAGACUGGUGACUACAGCAGCAUUGUUGUCGACAAGGACGGUUGCAACACUACCUCUACCUCCAGCACCAGCUCUGCCUCCGGCUCCAGCACUUCCAGCACCACCUCCAGCACUGGCUCUAGCACCUCCGGCGCCUCUGCCGCCAGCUCCUCCUCCGCUGUCAUCGGCACUGGCUCUACCAUUGGCUCCAGCAUUGGCUCCAGCUCCAGCAGCAGCGGUGCUGCCGCCGGCUCGAGCUCCGCCUCUGUCUCUGCCUCCGUCUCCGCCUCCGUUUCUGCCAGCGCCUCUCCCAGCGUUUACACCGGUGCCGCCACCCAGGUUGGCGCCCCUGCCGGCGUUCUCUUCGCUGGUCUCCUCGCCGCCCUUCUGUAAAUUGGCCAUUGAUCAACCCCGAUAUAAUCCCCCGAUUAUAUCAGCCUUUGAUCAAGGCUUUCUCUUUCCUUCUCGGGCGUUUGGAAACAUUCACCCACCCUUUUCGCUGCUUUCAUUGCAUAGCUCAUUUGGAAUGUAGUUGUCAGUACAUACUUGAGAGGAGUUGAAUGCUAUCAGACAGGACGUGGAUCGGACUCGUUUUGCUACGGACGUUGUUGGUUACUUUGGAAAUGAACCCAUUGCUACUUUAUCCUCCUCAUACGCGCUAUUAUCAUCACGAAAAGGGUCUUUUGUCCGUUCCCGGACGUUCAUUUGCUGGACAAAAUCGAGAGCUUUAUUUAGCUUAGAAUUUAAUAAUAUCCAUUUAACCAAUCCAUUUGUACCGCUG